ACGUUCGAACCCAUCAACUUAUCCCUUCCUAAAUAAAAAUGUCAUUCUCAAAAUUCACCUCUUUUAUCUAUCUCUUAACCUUUCCUCUCCUUCACCAGACCAUUCUUGCCACUGAUCCACUCUUCCAUUUCUGUUCAAGCUCUGAAAACUUCACUACCAACGGCCCUUAUGAGUCCAACCUAAACAAGAUCAUCGGCAAUCUCUACAUUCAAACCCCACAAACAGGCUUUGGUUUCGGUUCAUCUGGCCAAAAACCUGACCAAGCCUAUGGUCUUGCUCUUUGCAGAGGAGAUGUCUCAACCUCAGACUGCAAAACCUGUGUUGUAGAAGCAAGUAGUGAGAUUCGAAAGCGAUGUCCAUACAACAAAGCAGCUAUCAUUUGGUAUGAUAAUUGUCUUUUGAAAUACUCAGAUAAAGAAUUCUUUGGUCAAAUUGACAACAGAAACAAGUUUUACAUGUGGAACGUGAGAGUUGUAAGUAACCCGGUUGAGUUUAAUGGAAAAACCAAGGAAUUGUUAAGUCAAUUGGUUAAAGAUGCUUAUGUAAGCCCUAAAUUGUAUGCUACUGGAGAGUUAAAGCUAGAAGAAACAUAUGAUAAGCUUUAUGGGUUAACUCAAUGCUCUAGAGAUCUUUCAAGCUAUGACUGUAAAAACUGUCUUGAUGGUAUAAUUGGUGAGCUUCCAAAUUGUUGUGAUGGGAAAGAAGGUGGAAGAGUUGUUAGUGGGAGUUGUAACUUUAGGUAUGAGAUUUACCCUUUUGUUAAUGCCUAGAAAGAAUGUUCAUCUUGUGUUCUUAACUUGGGCACAAUCCUAAAUUCACGUCUUCUCCCACUUUGUAAGCCAAAUAAUAAUAAUAAUAAUAAUAAACAAGAAGAGCAUUGAGAAUGUUUUAAACUUAAAAUUAUGAUAAGAAGUGAUUUAUAAUAUACGAUUAAUUGUAUAGGUAUAUAUAAUGAUUCUGUUCCAACCCUUAUUUGUUAAGGAAUUUUGCAGGCUCUUGCUUGAAGGGGAAAAA